AUGGCCGCCACAGCCAUGUUCGGCUUGUCCCUCAAGCAGGUCUCGCUCGCCGUGCUCACAAUACAAAACACCGCCCUGGGCGUCGUCAUGCACCACAGCCGCGUAUCCGCUCCCAUUGGCAAAUCCUACUUCUUCCCCACCGCCGUACUCCUCACCGAGUUCCUCAAGUGCGCCAUCUCCUUCCUCAUCGCCGCCGCAUCCACACGCCCAGCCACCGCAUCGCUUCCACUCCCUUCCGCAUCCCAGCGUCAACGACAGCCACAUGGCAACGACAGCAGCGCACACGCACGCUUGCUCACCUCGCCAUCCCACAAAUCACACGACAACAUCUCCACACUUCAGCUCGUCCUCGAUGAAGUCACCGCCCACGACUACUGGAAGCUCUCCAUUCCCGCCUUCCUCUACGUCUUGCAAAACAAUCUCCAAUACGUCGCCGUAUCCAACCUCGAGCCGCCCAUCUUCAUCUGCGCCUACCAGAUGAAGAUCCUCACCACGGCCUUCUUCAGCAUCGUCCUUCUCCGCAAAAAGAUCGGCAUGUGGCAGUGGCUCUCGCUCGCCAUGCUGGCCAUCGGCGUCGCCGUCGUACAGAUCCAGAGCAAGUCCGUCUCUGGUCUCGUCCCCUUCGAGGUACGCACCCACGGAUACGGACACGUCUCGGCAGGGCCCGUCGCAGACCUGCCCCCACCACCGCCUCCGCCUCCCUUCGACUCGCAUCGCGCCCCACCCCCAGAGCGUCUGCCCAGCCUUGGCUCCUUCCUCUCCGGCUCCGAAGCAAAGGACUACGACCACCUUCCGCCCUCCUCUCCCUCCUUUCCCCACGACCGCAUCUCCAUGAGCAUGGAGGAGAGCGCAAAAGCGGACAAACCAAUGCAGCCCAUCCAAGGCUUCCUCGCCGUCAUCGCCGCCUGCCUCACCUCGGGCCUUGCAGGCGUCUACUUUGAGAUGGUCCUCAAGACCUCCAAUGUCAAUCUCUGGACAAGAAACGUUCAGCUCUCCGCCUGGUCCCUCAUCCCCGCCGCACUCCCCGUUCUUCUCGAGAUGAUCCGACACGGUCCCUCCGCCCCCUUUCUUCAUUUCGGCAUCAGCGCUUGGGCCACCGUCGUCCUCCAGGUCACCGGCGGCCUCGCCGUCGCCAUGGUCAUCAAACACGCAGACAACAUCCUCAAAGGCUUCGCCGUCAGCUUCAGCAUCAUCCUCAGCUUCGGCGUCAGCAUCCUCUUCUUCCACUUCCCCUUCACUGCGCCGCUCGCCCUCGGCGUCGCUCUCGUCAUCCUCAGCACACUCUCAUAUUCACGCGGCUCAAUCCCCGGCUUCAAGACAACCGCUGCCAGCUGGGGCAGCCCCGCCUCGUCCGUUACCUCUACAUUUCGUGACAAGGCACGAUUGCUUAGAGACUGA